CAGCCGAAACAUAACUGAUUUUCACUUUUCGCCUGGACAUAAUUUAAACCCCUGUACAUAAAAACUGUUUUAAUAACUCUUCCAAGCAUGGAUACGAAAGGCUUAAAGACACCACGAGAGCUUCCUCCUCUUCCACAGCGAGGGCAUCAAGCACGUCCCACAAUGCCGAGUCAAGACACAGUUGGGGACAUUUCAGGACACAAACAUAAGAAGAAAAAGGCGAGGAAGGAGACAGAAGGAGUGGACGACUUGGACAAACAGGGGACGGAGAUGGGAGGUCUCAGCAGCAGGAGGGCAUCUGAGACAGUGGAACCACUUCCUCUUGAAGCUACAAGUGAUGCUCCGCCACAGAGGAGGAAGAAGAAAAAGAAAACUGCCACCAGAGAACUCGAGGAGGACCAAGCAGACCUAGUGAAUGGAUAUGACUGUGAUCAGACCACAAAUACAGAAGAAGUGGCCAGAAAACCAAAAAAGAAAAAGAAAUCAAAGGUUGUGGAAUCACAGCUUCCUGAUGAUUUGGAUUUAGAAGAGGAUGAUGUCAUCAGUGACACACCUCCCCCUAUCCCUCAGCAUGCUCUCUUCUCUGCCCCACAUUGCCAGAGUCAGCCAGUCGGGAAGAUCUUUGUCGAGAGGAACAAGAGGUUUCAGGCAGCAGAUCGCUCUGACCGGAGGAAGACCAGCGAUCAGGUGGAAACCCUGAAUGACUUCCAGCAGAUGCAGCCUGUCUGGACCACCAGAGAUGUUUCUCUCAGGGUGCACGAAGCCUUCAGGGUAUUCGGCCUGUAUUGUCAUGGCUUCCUGGCAGGCUACGCUGUGUGGAAUACUGUGGUGGUGUACAUGCUUGCUGGUCAGCACCUGACUGCUCUGUCCAACCUGCUGGAGCACUACCACCCCCUGGUUUACCCAUCUCAGUCUCUGUUCUACAUGCUUCUGGCCAUUAGCACAGUGGCCACCUUCGACAGAGUGAACUUGGCCAAAGGAUUGACGGCUCUGCGGGCUUUAAUCACCAUGGACCCAGUGGCUCUCGCCUCAUUCUUGUAUUUCUCAGCAUUGGUCCUGACCCUCAGCCAACAGACGACCAGUGACCGAAUCAACCUCUACCCAUACAGCUUCAACGCAACAUUGUGGCCUCAAGGUACAGAGCACCAGAUUCUCCACCCUUGGCUCACAGUCAACCUUGUGGUGGCGCUCUUGGUCGGCCUGGCCUGGAUCCUAAUUGCAACACGGCCUGAGGUGGACUACACCGAGGGACAUCUAAUGGCUAUGGAGAUUGAGCCCCCAAAGCAUGAAGACAAAUCGGAAAUGACACCUUAAAAAAGAGUGACCUGUAAAACUCAUGUAGCUGCGUUGAUAUAUGUGGGUUUAUUUUAUUUGU